GGGAUAACGGCAACACAGAUCAUCAAUCAACCAAUAAAAAAAACCCCUAUUUUCUUAUUCAAAUCACCCACAACACUGCAAAUUCAACAACUUUUUCAAAUCUUCUCGAUUGAUUCACACUAUGAGCAAUUCAAGACUCUAAAGAUCACCACUUUAACAACAAUCUCAAGAAACAGAGAUAUUCAGGUUCAUAGUUUCCUUUCCUCCUCUAUUGCCAUGGCCAACCCCCUUAGUUUGCAAACGUCCAACGGUGGUACAAGCAGUCAUAUGUUCCUUAGUGAACUCUGUGAAGGGAGCACCGGACCUAUCAUGAUAAUGGUUUGUAGAAAAUGGGACGUGACAAGUGUUAACGGCAGGUACAUGAGCACCGACUAUAUUGUCACUGACAUAAAGGGAGGUGUGAUGCAUUGCACCGCAAGGAAUAACAUUGCCCACUAUUUCUUUGACAAACUCAAAAAGGGCGGUGUAUAUUUGGUUAACGGUUUCGCCGUGCAACCUACAAAUAUGUAUCGGGUUCUUAAAGACAGCCCCUUUGUGAUUGGGUUGCAUGGUUCGACAACUGUGAAACGGGUUGAUGAUGACGGCGGUCGUUUUGAACGCUACCCUUUCCUGCUUACGGUGUUUAAUAUUAAUAGUAAAACGGUAAAACAGCAAAGUAAAAGUUCCUAA